GCACACAAUCACACAUUCGCACGUGCACUUUUCCCUUUUCCUCGCCACUUAUCUCUCUACACACACACUUUUCUUUUCUUCACUCAUUCUUCUCUUCUUCUCUCUCAAAUCCAAAUCAAAAUCAAAACCAAAAUCAUUCAAACAAACCCUAAUUUCUUCAAUUUCACACACUUCAAUGGGAGCUGUAACUUCAUCCAUGGCAGCAAAAUUCGCUUUCUUCCCACCAAAUCCACCUUCCUACGGACUCGGAGUAGACGAAUCAACUGGCAAAAACAAGAUCACUGGUGUUUCAACUCGUGAAAACGUCGACGUUUUGAAACUUUGUACUAAAAGAGGAAACAAUAUCGUUGCUUUGUAUAUAAAAAACUCUUCAGCUUCGUUAACGAUUCUGUAUUCUCAUGGUAACGCUGCUGAUCUAGGUCAGAUGUAUGAGUUGUUCAGUGAACUCAGUAUUCAUCUUCGUGUUAAUCUCUUAUGUUAUGACUAUUCUGGGUAUGGACAGUCCUCUGGGAAGCCUAGUGAACAGAACACCUAUGCAGAUAUAGAAGCUGCUUAUAAAUGUUUGGUAGAAAUGUAUGGGUCCAAAGAAGAAGAUAUUAUUCUGUACGGACAAUCUGUUGGGAGUGGUCCUACUACAGAUUUGGCUGCUCGUUUACCCAAUCUUCGAGCUGUCAUUCUCCACAGUCCCAUCUUAUCCGGCCUUAGAGUCAUGUAUCCUGUGAAGCGGACGUACUGGUUCGACAUUUAUAAGAACAUCGAUAAAAUUCCCAUGGUCAAUUGUCCAGUUUUGGUAAUUCAUGGAACGGCCGAUGAUGUAGUAGAUUGCUCCCACGGGAAGCAACUUUGGGAACAUUGUAAAGAAAAGUAUGAACCGUUAUGGGUUAAAGGAGGAAAUCAUUGUGACCUAGAGCUUUACCCUCAAUAUAUAAAGCACCUAAAGAAAUUUAUUGCAGCUAUUGAAAAGUCCUCGCGUAAUAGAAUUGAAUCGGGACCCACUCCCGAUCAACCGGACAUACCUCGGAACAGCACAGAUUUUAGAGAGAAACCUAGACCCAGCAUGGAUAUAAGGGAGAAUUCUAGACGAAGUAUUGAAUUUAAAGACAAAGCUAGAAUAAGCACAGACCAGAAAGAAAAAUCAAGAUCUGGCGUUGAUAAGAGAGAUAAAUCAAGAAAGAGUGUUGAUCGUGCCGAUAAAGUAAAUAACGGAGCAGAAAUUCCUGAGAAAGCUAGAAAUAGCAUUGACCGUUUUGGAGGGAUGGUGAGAUCAGUUGGAUUUUGCAAUAUUGAUUGUUUCCGGCCCUCGGCGACUCAUGCAUAAAAAUAACACGCUUACAUGCUGAGGUUGCAUCUUCUAAUUAUUAUUUGAUUGGUUUAUGGGAUGUAUGGUUUAUAGGAAACUGUUCCACUGUCUGAUUUAUUUUCUUAAUAUAUAGAUGAAAAGUAAUUUAACCAGGUAGUAGAUCAUGAACAUAAUAUGCUGCUAAAUUUUUCCUUCCAUUUCACAAUCUAACCUCUCUGUUGUCUGCUUAGACUGAGGUAUUGGGAUCUAUUCUUUGGGUGUUGUUGCUUGCUUUACAAACAAAACUUACACAAAGAAGUCAACAAUUAUGAAGUAUUAGAUUAGAUUUCC